AUGGACCGCCUGGACCGUAUAUCUGGGAAACCGAUGAGUUCUCAUACUCGCUCUAAUGAAAUGCGUGACGAGACUCCUCAACCCCGCCCUUACGGGGCCACCGCCAGCGUACCGCCCACCGAUCGCUGCGUCCUCUUUGAAAUGCCCGGCGAGCUCCGUAAUCGCAUCUACCAGUACGCGCUCACCAGCUCCGCACCCAUCGUCUACCUCGCCGACAAGGAACCCUUCCACCCUUCCGCUUCCUCAACCGAAGCGACGACGCAUUCGAGCAAUUCGUGCAGCGCCAAGGAGAAGCGUGGAACCCUCAAAUUCAACGCCGGCGCCGAAUUCAUCUUCCACGAAACCGUCGGCAGCACCGGCGUGGCCAACUUCGUGCACUUCUACAAGCGCUGCUCGCCUGCGAACCAGGAGUGCAUGCGCGCCGUCAGCAUCAUCGAGCUGGAGAUGAAUGUUGACCACGCCGAUAGGGAUAUCCCCAUGCCAGCCAUGUCAAUCGCCAACAAUUACUCACCCUUGCCAUACGAGCGCUUCCCCGAUGCGGGCCCAAAAGAGGUGCGCCGGUUCAACCGUCGCGAGCCCAUGCUCAUCGGCCGCGCCGGCGAAGCGUCUCUCCUCCUCUACAACAUAUGCCGCCUCACACCCACUCUGCACGUCGUGCUGCGGUACACGGACCGCGACGGAACUGCGAGCUGGGACUGGAUCCAGGAGACGGGAACCGAGACCCGUCCCAUCUUUUUCUGCGAUGGAGCUCUGGGCUACAUUUGCGCAGGGAGCGCAAAUGCAUCGGAGGAUGCAACGGGGGACAUGUCUGGCGAAUCUAAGGAUGAGCGUUUCGACGGAAUUCUGGGUUGGAGAUGA